UGUAUAUGUCACAUUACUGAGAUUUACGAAAAUAAAUAUAGUGUAGUGACGGAAGUUAACUUAAACAUGUACAUAAGUUUCAAACCAGCCCAGUUCAUAAGCGUUAAGAAUUAUGUACAGAGUUUCUGCACAGGUGGCUGGCAGUGACCUGGAUGCACUGCACCUGUCGCCUGUCAAGUGGCUGCUAAUGCGAUUAGGGAGCACACAGAAAACGGGAUUGGCACUCGGGACUGGCAACUCAGCUGCCAAUCAGGUGGGCCAGCCACAAACUUCACACAUUUCGGACACAUAUAUCCAUCCACUCCACAACCAGAAGGACACGAAGUAAAGUAAACACAACCCCACACCCCUGACAAGAUGCCGGCGGACAUAGUGACCACGGAGCAGCUGCGCUACCAGCUCGCCUUCAGCCAUGCCAUGGAACGGACGACGAGGCACUGGCAGGAGACCUUCGCGUGGUACCCUAAGAUGCAGUGCUGCCAUUACCAGCGGAUCGACCAGAUCUAUCUGACGAGUCGCCAGCGGUACGGCGACGGCCACUUCCUCAAGUACGCCAACAGGAGGCGCCUGGCCAAGAAGUUCAUGGUGACCGCCCAGGAGGUAGCCGAAGGCUUGGAGGAUCUGAAGAUGCUGGAGCAAGACGGCAUAACGGGCCUCAAAGUUGCGGUCACCGAGAACGGGGAGUACGGCCGAAUGAAGCCCUCCAAGCUGUACAUGUGCUAGGACACCCUGUGACCAGCCGGCCGGCACUGCUCCCCAAUCCUCUCCAGAACCCCUCACGAUUAAACUAUCAUUCUCUGCUGACAAUGCAACUCUCAAUGGCCGUCACUCAUUACGCGAUUUUAGCAUGACCGUGCACAUAAUUAACAAGAUGAAAACGUCAGUCCCACCUGCAACUGCUUGCCCCGCCCCGCUUCGCCGCCGUAGCGAGUGCUCACUGUACCUUCUCCUACUGGGGCGCGGUUGAAAAGUUCGCACAGGUAAUUAAGUGAUCGCGUCUGUCCACUCGAUGAGAUGACUCGCCUCGUUUGUUCGGGAUCUCGGGAACUGCUUUAUGGCGCCCAUAAACUGGGAAGUAUUCCGCGCACUUAAUUAAUUAUAGAACCAUGCGAAUCUUAAGGAUUUUGUUCAGGAAAGUCGCCUUCCCCUGGGCUAAUACUACUACUAUAUUGAUAAAUUUACAAUUGUGAAAUAUAAUCUGGGAUACUGUUUGCGGGUAUAUAGUUAUUUUGGGGCUCGCCGCACUGCGAGCUCCUUGAUAAAUGUGUCCAUCGACGCAGCUGCUCCUCCUGCGAUUGCAGACGUAAGCCCAGGUGUCGUGGGCCAACUUCGAGCAGUAUGAUUUAAAAGUUCCAUAUGCAAAUUACCCUCAAAGUUUCCGGCGAGCCCAUCCGUCCAUCGGAGUGCGUGGUAGAUGGAAAUGCGAAAGUGGCAAGUGGAAAUGUGAACUGUGAAAUGGGGAAAAUAGGAAAUGCAAAUGCCCAUGCAAGUGUGCAAAUUACACAAAGGACGCUAACUUUGG